CUACCAUCUUGGGAAACAGUAGCUCAGAGGUUUAGGACGAUGCUGACUUAAGUAGUCAGGGCAACCCAGUCUGGCCAACAUGGCUGAAAUGCACACUCCGUAUUAUUCCUUGAAGAAACUGUUAUCUUUCUUCAAUGGCUUCGUGGCUGUAAGUAUGUCACAACCCAGGCCCUGGGGCUUUGCAGCCCUUCCUCCAUGGCUGGCUCCUUCAAAGACAGAAAUAAUUUCCGAGCGGUGGUCCUCUGCAUGCCUGCUUCACGCUGACUAACUGUGCCUGGUAAAGGGCUGCGUCACGGCGCUGCUUGGCUUCGCCGGGUAUUAUGGAGCAACCAAAGAAAGCAGAGGCACCCUCUUGUUUGUGGGAGAUGUGGCCUUCGUGACACUGAGGAAGAACUACAGAAGUUACAACGAGCCAGAUGAAUAUUCCAUGGAAUGGACUUUGGUCGUGGAGAAGCUAAAGUGCUGUGGAGUGAGGAACUACACAGAUUUUGCUGGCUCCUCCUUUGAAAGGACCACUGGCCACACCUACCCCAGGAGCUGCUGUAAAUCCAUUGAGACCGUGGCCUGUGAUGGGCGCAAUGUGUCCACAGAUGUCAUCCACCAGAAAGGCUGUUCCCCUAAGCUCCUGAAAAUAACCAAGACUCAGAGCAUCAACCUGAGUGGGGUCUCCCUGGGGGCAGCAGCAGUGCAGGUAUGGCCCAGCUCCUCUGCGACACACUGAGCUCUUUAAUCGAGCCCCUACUUACUGUGUGCCCAGCACUGUUCGGGACACUGGGGACACAGCAGUGACAAAAGACAAAAUGCCUGCCAUGGCGGAGCUGACAUGGUGGGGAUGGAUGACUGUUUGGUUUAAGAUACCUGCUGAGAAGGAAGUAAAAGAGGGUGAUGAGAUAGGGAAAGGAAUCAGGGAUGGCCUCCCUGAGGAGGUGAGGAAAAGCCAUGUGUGUGUAUAUGGGAGAAGACAGAGGGAAGAGCUGGUGCAAAGGCCCUCAGGUUGGCUUUUUCAAGGACCAGCAAGGAGGACUUUAUGACUGGAGCAGGGUGGAUGAGGAGGGUGGUAGGGGGAGAUGAGGGCAAGGCCUUGUGGGCUACAGAGAGGGGUUUGGUUUUUAUUCUGAGUAUGAUGGAAAGCCGUUAGAAGGGUUUAAUUUUUUAAAAUUAUUUUUAUUUUCAAAAAUUUUUGCGGGGGAGGUGAUUAGGUUUAUUUAUUUACUCUUAGAGGAAGUACUGGGGAUUGAACCCAGGACCUAAUGCAUGCUAAGCAUGCACUCUACCACUUGAACUAUACCCUACUCCCGCCAGAAAUUUUAAAAUAUAACAAAACAGAAACAGAGUCAUAGAUACAGAGAACAAAGAGGCGGUUGC